AUGGCUCAACUUCAUAAAAUUGAGCUCCAAACUCAAAUAAGAUCUUCUCCUUCCAAAUUAUUCGACGUCUACAAGAACAAAAUCUACCUCAUGCCCAAGAUUUGUCCUAACAAGGUAGAAAAAGUCGAUGUACUUGAAGGCGACGGAAAAAGCCUAGGUUCGGUCAGGCUCUGGACAUAUGUUAUGGGAGUUCCUGUGAUUGCAAAGGACAAGAUUGUUGCCGUUGAUGAAGAGAAAAGGUCAAUCACAUUUGAGCUAAUUGAUGGAGAGGUUACAAAGUACUUCAAUCAUUUCAAGGCCACGUUUGUGGCCACCACCGCAAAAGCUAACAUGAACUUGGUGAAAUGGAUUUUGGAAUAUGAGAAAGCAAGUGAAGAUGUUCCUAAUCCAAGUGGCCAUCUUGAGUUUCUGGCUAAUAUGGUCAUGGAGAUUGAUGCUUAUCUUUUUAAGGCAUAG